CCGUGAAUUUCACAAUCGCGCGCCACAUUUUGUUGCGAUAUUGGUCAGUGUUUCGACGCUACUUGCCGCCGUCGGACGUGUGGGAAUAGAAUACCGGACACUAUGGAUCAACAGGUGGAACAUCAAUUAAGCGUUAAAUCGGCGAACUUUGAUGCCGCUUAUAUUGAAAAAGCAUUGGUGCAAGCCUAUAGCAGCGAGAGCUUGCGAGUGGAAAGUUUCGACAGCCAAGCCAUUAGCCAGAGUGGUGAGAACUUUUGCAGCGUCAUCUAUCGGGUGAAAGUUGCAUAUCGCAAGAGUGCAAAUGCGCCCCUAGUGCAUGGUAGCUACAUAGUGAAGGACUUGAUACCCUUCAUGGCUGAAUUGGGUUCCAAUGAGAAAUUAAUGUUCGAACAGCUGCUGCCUGCAAUGGAUCAAGUCUUGGCUAAAGCGACGCUGCAGCAUGACAAAAAGCUGAGUGCUAAUUGUUUGUUUGUGGAACGCUCGAAAGGCAAGGAAAUCUAUUUGCUAGAGGAUUUGGGCGCUUUGAACUAUUCUUCAUUAAAUACUCUGGCAUUUAAGGGCUUAUCUGUAGAUGAUGCACGCAUAUGUCUCUUCAAGUUGGCACAGUUUCAUGCCUCCUCAAUGGUGUUAUUGCAAGAGCAGCCUACGUUGGCCGCUAAAUUGGCGCCCUCACACUAUGCCAAGGGAGUAAAUGAUGGAUUCUCUCAAGUGCUCGUGUUGGACGGCGUAGAAUUUGGCGCUGAGAUAAUAAAAAAUUUUCCGGGCAUGUCCGAAAUUGCACAAAAGAUGAAAGCACAAAUAGCGUCGGAGUAUUCAAGGCGAAUAAUAGAUGUGGUUGAUCCCAAGAAUUGCGAUUUUAAAGUUAUUGCCCAUGGAGAUAUUUGGCUAAAUAAUUUAAUGAUUAAUCGGGAUACACAAAAUGCAGUUAUUGUGGAUUUCCAAAACUGUUUUGUGGGCAGUCCGGCUGUGGAUCUUCAUUUCUUGUUCUACACCAGUUUGCAGCUUGAACUUUUGCUGAAUGAGCAACAGAGUUUGCUGCAAUAUUAUUUAGAUUCACUUUGUCAAACAUUAAAGGAUUGCAACUAUCAAGGAUCAUUCCCAACAUUUGCUCUGCUCGAACAGGAAAUGAAACGUUGCUUGUUCUAUGGCUAUUAUGCUGCUGUUUGUGAACUGCCCAUUUGUUGUGCCUCCAAAGAGGCAGCUUCCGAUUUUACUGCCCACACUUUUGCCAAUAACGAGGCAAUGCUGGCAAAACGUCAUCAACUCUAUGCCAGCGAGCGAGUGCGUGAAACGUUGAAAGCAACCUUGCCUCAAUUUGAGGAGCAGGGCAUUCUAGAGCCGUUGUGAGUGAGAGGUAAAUUGUAUACUAUACUAUAUUAUAAUGGAUUGUUACUAUUUGCAAAUUAAACUAAUUUAACUGCUGA